AAAACAUAGAAAAUGUAACGUCGGUUACACAUCAGUAACGACCAGCUGGCGCGCGGUCUGUGCUGUUGCUGCCCCUAAUCCCACAACAAUAACAAAUAACUAAAUUACGUCCAUUUCCGUCAUCACUCCUACAUCAACUGAUUAUAUCCAAACCUUAAAAUGAAGUUUCAACAGUAUGAAGAAGUAAUACAAUUCAUCAACACCAAGCCCAAGGGAAAUGUAGUAGCAGCUCUUGUUCAAAGGUUUCCUGGAAUUAAAGCAAAAACUUUAGGCAGCAUUUGGGCCCAGGAUAUGCAACGAAAAGUAAAAAAAAAUUUCCAUCGCAUUAAUGUUCCAGAAAGAGCCAGUGAAAUAUACCGCAAUUAUGUAUCAUGUGUUGAGGCUGGUGAUCCUCCUGGUAUCUUGGUGAAGAUGGCUGUAGCAAUGGAUUACUCGUCUUCUAUGUUAGCCAAGCUGAUCCUAGAGCAGUACCUUCAUGCCAACUGCCCUGACAUUUCAGUGAGCAAAUCGCAAGUAAAUCGUUUACUGAGAGAUACAACAAAGAUAGAGGACAGAGACCUCAGCAUUGAAGUAUAUUUGUGUCUGCUCGAUGAUGAUGUUUAUGGGCCAUUUGCUGACAGCAUAAAGCAUUCCGUAGGUCAUGAAUAUGAAUUUCUUUUGAGGCGAGAACUUGAAAAACUAAAUAUUAGCUACAAGAAUGAAGACGAUCUUCGGCUCAGAGGAUACGACAAGACACCAGACAUCAAACUGGACAUUCCUAUAGCUGUUGAUGGGAAGGUGGUCAACUGGAUAGAGAGUAAGGCAUCUUUUGGUGAUGAGGAGAGCCAUCGCACUUAUCUCAAGGACCAGUUUUGGAGUUAUUGGAACAGGUUUGGUCCGGGUCUAGUCAUCUACUGGUUUGGAUUUAUUGAGGAAUUGGAUGAACAUAGAGAUAAAGGCAUUAUGCUACGAGACUCUUUUCCUUCCAAUAUAGUUUUUAUGGACCCUCUCUCGAUAGCUCAACCAACUUGCGAUACUAAGACGACUGUCGAGCCAUGCUGAAAGAUGAAGCAAGAGCCUGUGAAGAAAUGCCGAACCACUGACACACACACACAAUACACACGACUGCACAGUAAACCUCGUAAGCUACAAGGUGAAAUGCAUUUAGAGUACUCCGGUAGUUUUUAUGAUAAAGUUAAAGGCCAUUCCUUCAUAUCCACACACGCUGCGUCUCAUUUACGUCUGGUUAUCUACCACCUGUUUGUACCAGUCUUGUCCUUCAUGUAAUAACGGUUGUGUACUCAUUAUAACUGUAAGCAACAAAA